AUGGCUGACUCGUCACCCUCUGGCGAAGAAACCCCUAGGUUGCCCCCGGGCGAAGAUACCCCUAGGAUACCCCCGCGCGCAGCGUCCCGCCGCACCCGUGGGGGACGCUCCCCUCUGUCAAGGUCAAGCAGCCCCGUACGCCCGGGCUUCUCGCCCACGCCGAUGCAGCGCCGACCGGAGCCGCGCAGCUCGAUAGACGAGCUCCUGAACGCGCCCGCUACCAAUGGGAACAUGUUCCCGCACCUGACGCCGGCCCCGCCACCACCGCCAUCCAGUGUAUCGUCGGCGCAACCCCCUCAGCGCGCCUCCCGCGACACCCCGAGGCCAGAUGGGCCCGACCAGCAGGCCACGACCACGCCGCCAGGCUCGCCCCUGCGACGGCGACCGCCACGACUACCGUCGCUAUCCCCGGGCGAGCUGUCGCCGGCUACCCCGUGCAACGGUGCCUCUACCUACCCCGCCCCCGUGCUCGGCGCCCCAGGCGCGACACCGGGACCAACUGCGGCCCUGCUCGCCGCCGUACAGCGCCAGGGAUCGAGCUAUUACGCCAUGUCGUCGCCGUCGACGCCCCCCGGGUCCGUCACGCGGGAAGCCAACGAGGUGCCCCCACGCCGCCGCCGCAAUCACUUCAUGGCCACCGUGCAGGAUACGCCAAGCCAGACGGCCACGUCGCGUCGUGCCAGUGAGCACUUUGGCUCUACGUCGGCGAGCCGCGAUCGAGACCUCUCUCGCUCCAGGCCUCUUAACAGGUCACCGCUAUCUCAAGACGAGGAGGAAGGAGAGUAA